CCGCUUCUACUCACUCACCCACUCAUACAGACACACUCCCAGAACAGACAGAGCUAGAAAGUGAGCAGGCAAAUAGGGAGAGAUCCAUUUCUGUUGGAGGCCCCGGGUUGCGGAGCAGAGGUCGGAGCGAGGAAAGAAUGUGCAGUCAGUACUACAAGCGCUGCAACACCACAGCAUACUGGCUGAGCUGGAAAAGGGUCUGAAACCCGAGAGGCAGCACCGUGUCGAGUGUCAGGCCUGGAAGGUGCCGGGAUGUAGAGGGGAGGACAGGGCAGGGGCGAAUGAUGGGAGGAAGAAAAAAUGAAAAGAGGCAAAAUGAGAGGUAGCGAAUCGCUGGAGUAGGAGAGGUGGAGUUGUGGAAAUUAGAAAGAGAAGAGGAGAGGAGCAUUUCCGAGAACCGUGGGACCUCAAUGUGGUGUUGGGUGUCCCGCCCUGAUUUCUGCCAGUUCCGGAUCGGGUUUCUUCUCCAAUCCGGCUCCGCUAAAGCCACAGAGAGAGACAUUUGCAGAGAGCACCAUGAAUGAGCUCCUGGGUUGGUACGGCUAUGACAAGGUGGACCUCCGAGAGUCUGAGGCCAAUGAGAUCAGAAACUACAGGGAGAGGCGACAGCAUGUGUCUGUGCUAAAAGAAAACUCAUUGCCAAAACCCAAAAGCCUGGACGCCAAAGUCAGCCACUCAGUCUUGGCCAUGAAAAGUGUAGAGAGGGACCCCUCCAGCAUCCCUUCCUCCUCACAAUCCUCUUCUUCAACAUGCUCUAUCCUGACCACCCCGAAGGAGCACAAGAAUGCCCCUGUCAUCGUCCCUCUCAUAAAGCCAUCAGCAGUGGAAGAUGUACAGAAUGUGCAAAUAGUAUGUGUUUGGUGCCAGAAGGAGGGGGUAAAGCGCUACUCACUGUGUAUGGGCUCAGAGCUAAAGAGCUUCUGCAGUGAGAAGUGUUUUGCUGCUUGCAGACGGGCUUACUUCAAGCGCAACAAGGCCAGGGAUGAAGACCUCCAUGUUGAGACAUCCCCUCAGCACCCCCAUCCAGAGGACUCACCCAGAUUAGUGUUGAAGAUAAACACUAAUGUCAGAUCUCUCUCACCUGUACCACAGGUCUGUGACUGGUGCAAACAUGUUCGCCACACAAAAGAGUACCUGGACUUUGGAUCUGGUGAGGAGCGUCUUCAGUUUUGCAGCAUCAAAUGUCUCAACCAGUACAAGAUGGAUGUUUUCUAUCGAGAAGCCCGCGCAGCUCUCACCAGCACUAGUUCCAGUCCAAACAGAACCAGCCAGGAUGUGAGAGUAGACAGCAGCAUAUCAGCUCAAAACCUACUUACUCCUGAGUCCUGGAACAGCAGCACCAGCACUACAGGGGAAGCACGUAAUCAAAACCUCUCACCCAAAGGGCCGGCGCUUAUCCAUGGACCAUUGGAGUCUACAUCUGUGUCAUCCUCAGAUGUACCAUCACCUUCUUCAUCAUCUUUAAAGGUCACAGUUUCAGGGCUUAAGAACAUGGAGAGAUCCAUUCAGCCAUCCCUACCUACUAUGGAUGUGCCAUCUCAUCCAUCUCCUAUUCCUCCUCCACCUCCUCUUCGUCCCUCUCUGGAUCAAAAGCCAUUACCUCAACUCCCUAUUCCCUUCAUCAGACCCCCUCUUCAUGCUCAGGGACUAAAAAGUCCCCUUGCCAAUCCCCCCAGACAUGUUGGUCCCCCUUCCAGUCCUAUUCACAGACCCCCACAUUCUCCUCUUCUGCAGCCCCCUACCUCUUCUUCAAUGAAUCCCCCAGGAUUUGUGCAUCAGUUCCCUGGAGCCUAUUUCCCUGGAUUACACUCACCUCCUCUAAACUUCAUGCCAAGAGGACCUGUCCCAGUCCCUCCAAUAAUGAACUAUGGUAUCCCCUCUUUUAGUCCUCUUUUACCCCAUCCCACUGUCCUGGUGCCUUAUCCUAUUAUUGUUCCAUUACCUGUCCCCAUACCUAUUCCAAUUCCCAUUCCAGUCCCUCCUAAAGCCGCUGUUGAAAUGCCAAAUCAUGGUGGAGUUAUCCAACCUGUGCCAGAAGGUGUAGAUAGGGGUAGAUCUAGGACUACUAAGUCUGCAUCUCCUGAAAUCUCUGAAGAUGUAAGCAGAGUGGAGGGAAAACAAAUAGAGGCGAACAUUUCCCAAAGCAUGACCUCACCAACUGAACCCAGCCCAAAGGACAUAGAUUGGGUUAAAUCAGAAAGGCAGUUUUUGUCUCCGUUAACAACACCACAAACCAAAACACCCUCCCCCAAAUCACAAUGUACUGAAUUACCCUGCCCAACCAAAACCUCUGAGAGACUGAUAGACUAUAAAAACAUACAUCAGCAGACAGAGCGCCAAGUCAUUCAAAGGGUUCUCCAGAGGACCCAAGUGAAGUUAGAGCCUAAUGCCAAUGGAAUGGUGGAUCCCACAGCACUGGUAGAGUCUGGACCUAGUCAGUUUAACAGAUCAGGCUUCCAUAAUAUCAUCAGACCAAACCUUAAUCUUUCACAGUCACCUUCUGAUGACUUCCCAACACCCGAUCCCCUUACUCCUCCUUCAAACAGUCCAUCUAGCCCCAUGGAGAGCAGCCAUUCACAUAAUACCAAGUCCUCUACCCAGGACCAUCCCCAAAAUGGUACAUCAUCCUCCCCUAAACCGUCAAGUUUGGACACCUCAGUACCCCAGAAGUUACCAGCAACAAUCCAGGAUCCUGCACUUAGUGAACUUGAAGCUAUCAAAGAAAACAAGUGUUCUGUUGUAAGCAGAGUGCUGGUUGAAAGUCCAGUUGUUCAGUUAGAAGGACCCUUGACAGUAAGUGGGGGAGUAGGGGAGGAUUCCCAUGUUCCAGAUGAGGACCACGCUUAUGCCCUUCCCACAGUACCAAAGACAGGUGGGACCACACCCCCAUUACUCUUACCCAAGCUCAGGGACAAAGUUAGCUUGCGGAGUCCUGCUAAUAUGCCCACCGCAGUGGAGAUGGAGCCAGCCCUGAAGAGGCGAUGCCUUAGGAUCCGAGAUCAGAAUAAAUAGAGAAGAGAGACUCCCUAUUUGACUUUGUCCAGCAGUGCCAUGUCAAGUACCAUGCCAUCAAGUGGACAACACCAGAGCUAGCAGUCCUGCCUGCCAGCCUCUCCCUCUGCCCGCCAGACCAGCAGGGUGCAAACCCAGGAAGCUGUCCAGAUGGCCAAGACAUCACAAGUCAACAACGUGGAAGAACACACAACUUAGUCACACAUAUUUUUUUUUUCCUUGGACCAAAAUGUAUCACAGGCUUGCGUGUUGCAUCGAGCUGACUGAAAGCUUGAAAGGGAUCUUCAUCCUGUCUGACAUUGCCCUCAAGCGUUUAUAUGUGCACAAGUUAGUUUGACUACCCAGAUGCGCUCCUCCUCCUACUCUCUUUACUCCACGCAGCAGACAGCACUCUGAUCAGCCUUGUGUGGUCUUCUCAGAUGAAGGCUGAACAUGAUCUCUUUCCAGGGGAAACGGUUUGUUUUCUCUGCCCCGCUUGCACAAAGAGCCACAUUGUUUCUCUCCUCAUAUCCCACGCUGACUCCCCACUCCAGGUUUUGAGUUACCUGGUCGAUCGUGGCUCAAACUUCAGGAGCGGGUUUUUUUUUUUCUUUCUAUUUUUUUUGAGUAAAAGCCAGGAAUAUAGUAUAGCCUUUUCUUUUUCGUCUAUCCACCCAAUAUAAAUACAAGACCUGCUAAACUCUCUCAGUUCUGAGAUUUUAAGAUUUGCCAGCCUGUUUGCUUCUUCUGAAAAAAAUGAGAGAAAUCUGCUGAGGUGAAAACUUGAGCAAGUUUCUCCAAAUGGUCCGAGAGUUGGGAUAAAGAAUUCCUGAGGAAACAUAAACUAAACCCAAUGUAUGGGGAUGCACUUACCAGUGCACAGUAGCUUUGAUAGUCUUUGAUUCUGGAUCAUCAUAAUGAUGCUGGUACACAUUGGUCCCUAUUUCCUUUCCUUAUCUACAGUUUCAGAACGACUUGUAGCACUGAGUGCCAUGCAUACUUGAUGUCUCCUGACAGGGUAACCGAUUCCAAUAUUUUGCUCUUAUCUGAAAAUUUUGUAAAGAAAGAUCAGCCUUUUAAUAUUACCAGUUGAGGUAUUACACUCCAAAGCAUCAAAUGCUGUAGCAAACAGUGAUCAGUAUUAUAGUUGCCGCAGUUGGGGACUCAUUGAUUCAAACAGAUCACUUUGAGGCUUGUCAACACUUCAUUUUGUAGUUGUACUCUGCACAGGUACAAUUUGAUUUUAUAUUAAGUUAUAGAAGAUGCAUAAGUAACUUUUUAUUAAAUGCAUUUUUUCUGUAUUUGUAUUUUUAUUUGAAUAUAUUAUGUGCCUGAAACCCUGUUGUGUACUUUAAUGUUAUUAUGUUGAUGAACCCCCAGUAGAGGGCAGUGUUUGCCUUUUUUUUUUUUUUUUUUACCUUGCACAAGGGUACCUAGAGUCCCUUUUGCAGUCUGUAGAAAUUAUUGCUAUUUUACUAAUACCCAAUGCCAAAUACAUACAGUUUGCAAUUUUUUUUCUCUUCAGUACCUAAUACUGCCAUCAGCACCCUUUCAAUGCUUUCUGAUAAGGUACAAUGGACAAUUCACUCACUUUUAACUUUACCACAAUAUCAUGGUACAACCACUAGUCUACUUAGUGAGUCUUGUAUAUGAUUGGGGGGGGAAAUAACCACCUUUUUCCAAAUUGCUGCUCUAAGGUGCUUUUGGGGUUAUGUUUAUCAACCUUGUUUGGUAGACACUGACCUUUCUGCCAAUUCUUUGGGUAAAAGUUAAGAAAUUAAAAUCUUUUACAAAUAGAAAUCUGGUAGAGAAUAUAUACUACAGGUCACCACAAACUCACCAUUCAUGCCUAAGGUAUGAUGGUGGCAGGGUAAAGCUUUGUUUCGUUAAACCAAGACAAGGAAUACUGUUUGAAAUCAUGUGAGGAUAGGUCGAUGUUUGGGGAAGAUUCCUUAGGAGUUGUAAAAAAAAAAAAAAAAUGGAGACGGGUUAUAUCACCUCAAAGACAUUGUGGCCUUCAACCCUAAGAUUGAGUGCAUAUGUAGGCACGCCAACAGAUGCAGUAUAUUUCUGUUUUUCUGUCCAUCCUAGGGCACCUCCACCUCAUGCCAUAAUGACAAAGUCAUCCUUAGCUCCAGUAAGGAAACUUUGUCAACAGUCUCUGUGAGUCCUUGGUGACAUCACUUCUAACAAACAGCUGCACUGUAAACAACCGCUUCCCCAACCUGAUGCCAAAACAGUUGCAGUUGCAUCUUGUAUUAUCCUGUAGUUCCUUUUUUUAAAUUAUUUAAAUUUGGACACAAUCCAGAAAUGUGCUGUCUUUGUAGCCUGGCCUAUAUUCUGAUCUGCAGUCGCCAUUCAGUCUGGUGAAAAUCCUGCCAUCUUCUUUGUACUGAAUAUGUAUGUAACUCAGAUCUAUUUGUAAAGUAAAACAAAUAAAAGUUAUUCUGA